UCAAGCUUAUUCUCUCUGCAGUUUUAUUCAUUAGUUCAUAAUAAAUAAGCACUCUUCCUUCCGAGUACCUCUCCUAUACCUUUCCUGUGUUGUGCAUCAUUCGGUAUAUGCCUUUCCUUUCAUGUCAAAUGGAGAGAGAAAGAUCAUUUCUUCAGUCUCCCACUUACGGGAACAUCGUCACCGUGCUGAGCAUUGAUGGAGGUGGAAUUAGAGGGAUUAUUCCCGGAACUAUACUCAAAUUCCUAGAAUCCGAGCUUCAGAAGCUUGAUGGUGAAGAAGCAAGGCUUGCAGAUUACUUUGAUGUGAUUGCAGGGACUAGCACUGGUGGGCUUGUGACUGCCAUGCUUACUACCCCAGAUGAAAAUGAUCGACCCUUGUUUGCUGCUAAAGACAUUAACAAUUUUUAUCUCGAACACUGUCCUAAAAUCUUCCCCCAAGACAGCAACUAUACAGCUUUGGUUGCUAUAAGCGAAGUGACAAAAGAAAUCCACCAGGGAAAUUCUGACUUCUUUGCUAUAAGGUCAACUGAGUAUGGUCGGUUCUUAGUGAUAUCGUUGGGUACUGGUUCAGCAAAAUCUGAAGAGAAAUAUAAUGCCGAUGAUGCAGCUAAAUGGGGUCUUUUGGGAUGGUUGACGAAAGGGGGUUCCUCUCCAUUGACAGAUGUAUUUACUCAAGCAAGUAAUGACAUGGUCGAUUUCCACCUUGCGACUGUUUUUCGAGCUCUUGACUGUGAGAAAAAUUACCUCAGAAUUCAGGAUGAUACAUUGGAGAAAACAGUAUCUUCAGUGGAUAUUGCUACGCAAGAAAACUUGAAUAACCUUGUAAAAGUUGGAGAGGAAUUGUUGAAGAAACCGGUUUCGAGGGUGAAUUUGCAAACCGGUAUCUAUGAGCCUGCUCAUCAGGAAACAAAUGAAGAAGCUCUCGUAAGGGUGGCGCAAAUUCUGUCCAGGGAAAGGAAGGUCCGUGAAAUGAGAUCACCACAUGGAAAGGCUGUAGCUGACAGCAACUCCAACUGAUGAUCACAUAUUGCUAAUCUCACACUUAUUAUUCCCUCUAAUUAGAUAUUUUUUUAAAUUAAAA